AACGGCCAUGGCAAAGAGGAUAUAUAAACACGAAUGUGGCACGAUACCGUUACCACGGCAUCCACGUGUUUGCCGACCAAAACAUAAUUAAAUUUACAUGUUUAAUGUUUUGUAUUUGUAUUUUAACUUUUAAGGCGCGCGCAGAAAUUUUAGAAUAUUAUAAAAAGGUCAUUGGCCACUGUAAUUAUCGUGCAAUCGUUUCCUAUUAUGUUGUUGAAAAAAAUUAUCGCUAACCGAGUCGGUUUUUCGUUUUAUGUCAAAUAGGCACGUAUAGUGUAAAAUUUGUAUUAUCGCGGGUGUGCGUCAUACGUUAGACAACGACAAGAAAAGUAUCAAAACAUUCAAAACUAUUUAAAAUAUGCGCGUUUCACUAUACCUGUCAUAGCGUUGGAAGUUUUGGAGCAUCGAUUUUCUGUAACAUCUUUUGAACAUUUACACGAUAUUAUAAAAAGCAAAUAAUGUAUUAUUCAAGCUUACACGUUUAUAUAUUUUUAGUUUUAGAGGAUGGCUGACAGCGUACCUGUGUCGGAUGUUGUUUGCGUUGAUGACAUGGGCAAAGCUAGAGUCAUGGAACCCGUGUUGGCGGACAAGGUUGCCAAUCUGAAGGAUCAAUGCGCAGAAUUCAUGAACGAUAUAGAGCUGUACCGAGAGUCGGUUGAUACGUUUAUUGGCGUCAUGGACCAUCUGGCCAAACAGGUGGAGCGGGAAAAGCGAGAUGCGAUCGUCGUGUCCAACAAGUUAGCGUCGUUGCCCAACAAGACGGAAGAAGAAAUCGCCAAGUUGCAAGUAACUGCGUGGGCUGGGUCGCAAAUCGAGCAAAAGACUACAGAGCUCGAACGCUACAAGAUAGAGCACAGAUCGCUACAAAAAAUCGAAUCUGAUCAAACGGAUUUAAUAAAUAGGUUAUCGUUUCAAAGCUAAACAUUUUUUGAUAAUUAGUGCGAGUCAUAUUUCAUUAAUAUAGCAAUAAAGGCGUAAUGAUACAAACAAAUAUCAAUACUUAAUAUUUUUUUUAAAUU